AUGGUAGACGAGGAUCCCACCAAGGAGCUGGUAUCGAACUUAUCCCCAGAGUCGCAAUAUCUUGAAACUCUCGACUCGUACUUCAACUCCCUCCAAUACACCAGAAAGUUCCACGUAAUGUCCUUUUACGAAACGAAGACCACGAACACUAUCAUCCGAGAUAUCGACGGCAAAUGGAAUCGAAGUGGCCCGAGGGUGAUAAUGGUAUCGAGAGCUUCUGCUACACAAAUUUGCUCUCGUGCUCCAGGAGAGGUGCGUUCUAUUGACGAAGACCAUUCGGCUAUGGUCAAAUUUGGUCCGGGCGAUAUCCACUACACUGGGGUUUUAGAUGGCCUCAGGAAACUCCUUGACCGAAAGACUUCGUCCGAGUAUGCGGAGCUCGCUCGAAAGGCAGCGAGCAAGAGAAGUGCCACGCAUGAAACUCAAACUGUGAACGACAAUGUUGAACCUUCAAUGCCUUACGAAUGGCCAAACCUUGUUGCGAAGCAAGCGAAGAACCAUUCUUCUGACGACAUUCUGAAUUCACUUUGGUUGGAUGUCUUUGAUCACCGUCUGAAGGAUAUAUCUCCUCAUUUCCAAUCGACCUUUGAGUGGAUCUUCAAUGACGAAUCUCUCGGGUUCGUUCCUUGGUUGCUCCACGGAGACGGUGCAUACUGGGUCGAAGGCAAACCUGGUGCCGGAAAAUCAACACUUCUCAAAUUCGUCUAUGAGAGCCAGAAAACGAUGGAGCUCUUGGAAAACUGGAACCAACCAGGAACUUUCAUACCGGCCGGAUUCUUCUUCCACCAUCGAGGAUCAAGAUUCCAGAAAUUCUUCGAAGGAAUGCUGCGAAAUCUUCUCUACCAAGUCAUUAAGAAAGUCCCGAGCCUGUAUCGAGACAUACCCAAGUCUUGUUUGCUUGCGAUAAGUGAGAACUUCAAUUCAACAUGGAAUCUGGGUUAUCUCCGAGAAGCGCUUUUUUCUAUACUCCGGCAACGCCACACGGCGCUGAAGAUAUGCGUCUUCAUCGACGCUCUUGAUGAGCUUGAUGGUCACCUUGAACUUAUUUCAGAAUUCAUGACGAACUUGGUCGACCAAAAACCUGGAUCAGCAGUGUGCUUUAUAUUCACUCAAGCUGAUGGCGUCUUCCUCUGGGUAAAACUUGCCAUAGAAGACAUUACAAAGGCUCUGAUCCAGCAUGACAUCCAAUCAAUCAACGAGCUGGAAGCUCUUCUACAAAAAGUACCUCCAGGCCUGGACGAGUUUUACGAGUCGAUCAUCGAGAGGAUCCCUGCAGAUUUCAAGUGGGAGGCUUACCUGACACUUGAAGUAAUACUUCGCGCUGAGGAAACUAUCAGACUUGGAGACAUCUUCAACAUUGUGAGAUGCUUUGGCUGCAAAACUUCUCUACAAGACAACUGCGGCGGCCUCAUUGAGCUGGAUUUCAACGCAGAUCGCAUUCACCUUAUGCAUGAGACUGUACGAGCUUUCAUGAGCCGACCGGGAUUUGAGCAUCUCUUCUUUCGCCAACCAAUUCUAUUUCGAGCUCAGAACGGAUACACUGAGCUUGCAAAAUUCAUGCUCACCAAAACCCAGCAUUACGACGCGCGUGAGUUGGAUGACCCUGUUUUAUGA